CCUUUACCCUACCCUUUCGCUGCCAUCUAAUGCAUAUACUUUCACGACCAAAGCCAAAAACGCAAGCUUCGAAACAAAGCCAAAAGCAUUUUAAAAAAGAAAGAAACAACCAUGGCGGCAACCGUCUCGUCUCCUUGGGGCAAACCCGGCGCGUGGGCUCUCGACUCCGAAGAGCAUGAAGCUGAACUCCAACUAGAACAGCAAAGCCGCGACGAUUCUUCAACGGAAAAGCUCGCGGAUUUCCCUUCUUUAGCAGCCGCCGCUGCCACCAAGGCCAAGAAAAAGAAGGUUCAAACCCUAUCUUUCGCUGAAUUUACUAACUACGGCAGUGCUAAGCCGAGUGAGCCAACCCGCCUCACUCACGUGGACCUCCUCGUUCUCCCCACUGGCCCUCGCCAACGUUCCCCUGAGGAACUAGAUCGUAACCGUCUCGGCGGCGGUUUUAAAUCCUACGGUUCGAACAGAUACGAUUCCAACGGCGACGAUUCAUCACAUAAUAGUAGAUGGGGAUCUUCUAGGGUUUCGAAUAGAGAUUCCACUGGAGAAAUUGCUCCUUCACGCGCUGACGAGAUCGAUAAUUGGGCGUCGAUAAAGAAAUCGGCUCCCGCCGGCAACGGAUUUGGGGGUGGGUUUGAGAGAAGAGAGAGAGGAGGAGGAGGAUUUUUUGAUUCACAAUCGAAAGCCGAUGAAGUGGAUAACUGGGCAGCUAAUAAGAGAAAUAAAAGCCCCAGUGAGGCACCGCCACGGAGAUCUGGUGGGAGUUUUGACAGAAGAAGCAGUUUCGAUUCACUUCAAUCGAGGGAUUCGCCGAGGGAUUUGGAUAACUGGGGAAAGAAAAAGGAGGAGACUGGUAGUGGUGGGGUGAGGCCAAAGCUUUUGCUUCAGCCACGUACGGUUCCUAUGAUCGAGGAGGGUAAAAAGGAGGUGACUUUGGCCAAGCCCAAAGGGGCAAAUCCAUUUGGCGAGGCAAGGCCGAGAGAGGAGGUGUUGAAAGAAAAGGGGAAAGAUUGGAAGGAGAUUGAUCAGAAGCUGGAAGCUGUGAAGAUUAAAGAGACAGUUAUGGUUACAGAGAAAGAGAGAGGAGGAAAUGCAAGUUUCAGGAAUGGGCGUGCCCCGGUGGAAAGGAGCUGGAGGAAGAGUGAGUCUGUUGAGGCUGCUGCUGAUUCUGAUCAACCCCAACGUGUUGAGAAAACAGAGAAUGGCAAUGUUGCUGAGAAUUGGUGAUAGAGACUGACAAAUGCGAAGCUUAGGUCCACAGAAAGGGAGAAGAAAAACUUCUUUUGAACUUUUUGGAUGUCUGAUAUGUUGAGUUGAUGAGAGUUGUUUGUUCUUUUGUUGAGACUGUUAUUACUGUCAAUGCAGUAUUUAAACAAUUUUGGUAGGCUUUGAAUUAGUUGCAUUGGCUUGGUUAAACAUGUCUUGUUUGUAAGAGUGUUUCUUCAUAGUUACCAAUGUUAUUAGAGUUAUUAUUUUUUAUUUUUAAAUUUUGAUUUAUAUUGUGAACAUUAGUAAAGAUGAUAAUUGUUUGAAUUGGUGAUGAAAUAAUUCAAUGUUCUGUUUGAAUAACGUUGAUAUUGAAUUUUGUAAUCCAAAAUGGGAUGUUCUGUUUACUGGACUGCAUUCAGGUAUGCAUAAAAGAUUUCUUAAUGCUCUCCAACAUUUAGAAGUCCAAGUUUGAAUUUUAGCCUAUUGGAACCUUAAUAUGUUGGCAAGUUUUUGAACACACUUUUGUUUCUAAGUUCUAACAUAAUAUGUUUUAACCCAAAACAUGGUCAACUAAAGGAUAAGCCAUGUUAUUUAGGCAUUCUAGUGCAAAGGUGAUAAGAAGAGUACAGUGACUUCAUGCACAUGAGUUGAAGAAACCACUUCUGUAUGCUUGUUACCAGUUUAGUUUUUCUCCAACCAGUAACUAUAAAAAGGGUUGUCUGAGGUCAGUUUUUCUGGCAUGACAAUUUUGUUUUUCCCUUUUUGAGUAGUCAUGACAGAACUUGAUACCCUUCUAAGAUGUCUUAAAAUUAGCCCGAGUUGUUUUCAAUUGUGGUUGUAGAUUGCUGUUGUACUGCUAAGUGGUAACUUUUACUGCACGUGCUGUGUUUUUAAGGACAUCUAGAUUAGCAUGUCGUAAGGAAGUGAAUACUAGAGAACAGGGAAGCAUGAUUGAGGGCAAAUGGGCCUGCCAUUCCAAGGCUACAAGAAGCCAGUUGGAUUUUUGCAGUUUUAGUUAAAUUUAAUAUGAGUUGGCCUGAAUCCAAAAUGAAGGUGUUUUCAUGCCUGUUUGUUGUCACCUGCGUCUUUCAUUACAUUCCCACCCUACGCCAAAGAUAUUUUCCGCCAUUAUACCUGAAUUUUUUUCUUUCUGGUCUAAAAUUUAGACAUCAAUCAGGUCCUCGCCAUGCGGGUAUGAGGAUUUUUAAGUCCAACAAUUAUUAAAAAUGAAAAAGUACUUUUUAAGUCAGGACAUGUUUUAUCACAUUCCUCCUUAGCAAGAAACACAGGAUUUUCUAUCACCAUUUAGUUCUUUAAGUUGAGAUUUAUCUGAUA